CGUGAUUGUUGAACGCAGUUUCGCAACUGUCAAAAAUACGUGUUUGUUUUCUCGUAGGUUGAGAAUUUAUUGAAAAUGGUUAUCCAUGGAUAUCUUAUGUAGAUUUUAAUUUAUAUUAAUACGUUAGUGUAGUAGUUCAUUAAUAAUUAGUUGUAAUUUAAACUAUGACAGAGAAAGAAGAUGUUACUAAUGAACCCGAAAAAGAGCCAUUAGACGAUGAAGCCCUAGAAAAAUUAGCAGUUGAAGAAUUAUUAAGAGAAGCAGUUCAAGGUGCUGCAAGGGCUGAAAUAGUUGGCCCGUCUGGUUGGGUCAAGGCUCCUCAAAAUAAAACCAAUAAGCGCUUUUUAGUGAACACUUUGCGUAAUGCUAACCUUCAAUUAAAAAAGAUAGAUCCAAAAGAAAACAUUAAAAUGGAGGAGUAUAAUGUAGAUAAUGUUCUUAAAAAUAUAUUUAAUGAUAUUGAAAACAAUUGGAAACCUUCUGAGAAGAUUCCUCUUGUAUCCAAAGAAAUAGAACAAUUGAAGCAUGACUUCAAAGCAUUAUUGGCAUCUACCGAAUAUGACAUGACAUCAAUACUCCAAGAGAGUGUGGCAUUAUGUAAUGAAACACAGAGCCUCGCUGAGGAAUUGGACUUGUGUAAACUAGAGAUAGAACAAGAGACAAUGGCUGAUGUUCUGAAAUCUCUGGCUAAACGAGAUGAGAUACAACAUGAGCUAACAUCAGUUAAUUUUGCUAUUGAUGUAGUUCACGAUGUCCUCCUUUGUGGGAAUUUCGUUAAAGAGAUUGAAGACAGCAAAGAAUCACAGAGCUUCAGUAGGGCUGUAGAAGCUGUGUUUGAUCUCCUGCAACACUCUGAAUCUCCAUCCGAAGGAUUUAAGUAUCUAGAAGUGUACAACACCACGAAAUCUAUUGCUAAUUCAAUUAAAGAUACAUUACUCACUGACUUGCUUACUGAGUGGAGCCGAAUGAUGACAUGGAACAUAAAGGCAGGUACUCGGAAAACUGUAAUCAAUAUUACAUUGUGCUUUGAUGAGUCUCUUGCUGUAGUUGAUAUUCUAAAUGCACUUGACAGAAGCGGAGCUUUGGCAGACAGAGUAUCAGAGUUUGCUCAGUUUCUACUGAAAGAAGUUCUGAUACCGAUUAUACACACCGAGGUGACUGUUUAUGAUGAAACUCCUGAACUAAUGACUGUCACUAUAAUGCACAAAACUAAUUAUACACAAAGGUAUGAUGCUGUCAUAUCUAACUUAAGAUUACUGUUCCAUUACUUGAACAAUAAACUGAAUGUAGAUUUCAAGAGAGACACCACAAUAAUGAAAAUGAUUGGUAAAGAGAUCAACACAGAGUUCAGAGACAUACUCAUAAAGGAUUGUCUGCUUGAUACCAUACCAAACAAUAUAAAUGAUUUGCAGACUUAUGGAAGAAUCACUUCAGAAAUUGAAGAUUUCCAGAAUUUCUUAGUGUUAGUAAAGUUCUGUAAUGAGGAUUAUUCAAUUUUACAAUAUUUAGACAAUAUUGAUGUGUUGUUUGCAAAUAAGGCAAGCUUGCACUUUUUAACGACUGCCAGGACAAUUAUGCUAAAAGAUUUGAGUGCUACAAUGUCUAUUGGAGUGGAGCAUGUUCCUAACGACCUGCUUGAAAUAAAGCCUGAUGAGGAAGGUGCUGAAGCUAUAAAAAUACUUGACAAGACUUUCCCAAAGAGUUUGUUCUUCUUCCCGAGAUGCAUGAUAUCAAAGACAGCUCAGGAGUUGUUGGAUCUGCUGUAUGGAAUGAUGGAGCAAGCUGUGCAGUGUUCAGACACAGUCUGUAAGAAAUUGUACAAUACCACUCGGCUGGUAUUUGAGUUGUAUGAUGCUGUGGUGCCAUACCACCAUGAGAACUAUCUGCAGACUAUCCCACAAUAUGUUGCAUUAUUCCACAACAACUGUAUGUUCCUGGCGCACAAUCUUCAGAUAUUUGGUGACAAAUGGCUGACGCUCAUGGAGGGACGAGAGUUGGACUAUCCCAUCGGUUUUGUUGAUUUGGUGCAGAAAAUGCGCGAUCUUGGUUACAAGCACCUCACGAUACACAUGCAACAACAAAGGAAACAGAUUCUCGACAACAUUAGGUCUUCCGAUCUCAACUGCAUCAUUGUGAAAGACGUGUUGAGUGAUAACGCGGAGGCGGCAAUCCGACAGUGCCUUCGUCAACUACAUUUAUUGAAGAAUGUCUGGAUCGGAGUAUUUCCAAAAAAUGUUUUCACCAGACUUAUGGCAACCCUUGUCAACAUGUUCUUAGACGAGCUGAUCCACCGCGUGUGCACCGUAGAGGAUAUUUCCAUGGAAAUGGCUACACAAUUGACUGAGAUGUACACCAUAGUUGUGCAAAAAGCUCCACAACUUUUCCAGGCUCCGGCGGACAUUGAAGAACAUGUGAAAUCCUGGAUCAAGCUCCAAGAGUUGAUCUUCAUAUUAGGCGGGUCACUCAAGGAUAUAGAAAACCACUGGAAGGAUGGCACUGUUUUUCAGUACCCGACAAGUAAGGCGUCGGACCGCAACAUGUACUCAUGGGGACUUGCAGAGACAGGUGCAUUAGGUAUUCACAUGCCUCGAGGAAAUAGAAACAGAAAACAAUACAGAAAUAACUUUUCACUAUGCUGGUAUCCUAUGAGAUCAAGUUUUGCAGAGAGAUUUGAUGUAGAACACAUUGCUGCAGGUUAUGGCUUCACAGUAGCAUCCAUCAAAACAAAAGAGCAGUAUAAAGUUUUUGGCACAGGCAUCAACACAGACUCACAAAUAGGCUACCAUGCACCUCGCAUUGGCCAUCCUUUGGAACUACUCCUCAGUCCUGCACCGAUAUUUCUACCUUACAAGUCAUUGGAAACUAAGAUAAUUGGCAUAGAUGCAGGCCGAGCUCAUACAGCUAUACUGACAGAUAAUGAAGGAGUAUUUACUUUAGGCAAUAAUGCAUAUGGCCAGUGUGGCCGAAAAAUCAAUCCAAAUGAGGAGUACAGAGGAAGCAUGGUCUCCUACAAUAUCAAGAAGUUGGGCAAAGAGAAGAUUACCAGUGUCUGCUGUGGGCAGGAUCACACCCUAUUCAUAACUGAGAGUGGCAAGGUGUAUGCUUGUGGUUGGGGGGCUGAUGGCCAGACUGGGCUGGGUACAUUUGAUAACCAAGCUAUACCAGCCCAGGUAAAGGGUGAUGUUACAUCAGAGAAAAUUGUGAAGGUUGCAUCUACUGUUGAUUGUGUACUGGCUUUAAAUGAUAAAGGUGAAUUAUUUGGUUGGGGCAACUCAGAGUAUGGACAGAUUCCAAUGAAGUCUGGUUCACAACAAGUGAACAUGUCAUACUCUUUACGCGAGUUUACCCGCGGCUUGGGCAAGAUAAUCGACAUUGCAGCUGGUGGUUCCUUUUGCUUGAUUGUAAAUGAGGCAGGUGACGCCUUCGUUUGGGGCUUUGGUUUGUUAGGUCUCGGCCCCAAUGUGGAGCACUCCAAGAAUCCGAAGCAAAUCCCUAGUGCUUUGUUUGGACGAAACGAGUUUAACACAGAGGCUCGAGUGGAGAAAGUAGCUUGUGGUAUAGGGCAUUUAGCAGCUAUAACUAAUGAUGGACACUUAUACAUGUGGGGUAGGAACAGACAAGGCUGCUUAGGCCUUGGUUCCAGUAAAGACCAACACUUUCCACUAAAAGUCUCUAUUGGUGGAUUUGUUCUAAAAGUUAUUUGUAGUGUAGACCAUUCUGUUGCAAUUUGCAGACCAUUUACGUAGUUUAUUCAUAUUUAAGACUG